AUGGUUUACCAUUCAAUUCACGGCUAUGAUAGAGCAAGCUUUGAUGCACCCGGCACGCACCGACUUCCAACAGUAUCAGCUUCACAGGCUCUUGACGAGCUUGAUAACGACGCGUCAACUCAUGUCUCUACUGGUAUUAGGGAGUUAGAUCGUUCUCUUAUUUCCAAUACAACCGUUGGCUCUCAAGAUACUACCAAAGGUGGUGUUCAACGCGGCCAGGUCACGGAGAUCUGGGGUCCCCCUGGUGCUGGCAAGACAGCGUUGGGGCUGCAGCUUACAGCAAAUGCAUUGUGUGAUGGCGAUGCUGUUGUCUGGGUAGACUGUUUUCAAGUUUUGCAGCAUGACAGACUUCGGGCAGUGACCAAUGCAACAAAAUCUCGUCGCAACAGUCAAGAAAAUUCAGCGCUUGAUGCAUCAGGAUCUCAAGAAGGAGACUCUAGUCAAUUCUAUCAUUACUCAUGCCUCACUCUCCCCCAUUUGGUUGCUCUCGUGUCACGGCCUACCGCCAAGCUAAUUCCACACAAGUGCUCAUUGAUAGUCAUCAGUUCGCUAUCAGCAUUGGUUAACUCCGCCUUGCCAAAGUCCCACGAUGGCAAGGCUACAUCUAAGAGCAACAAGGGUCCAAGUCCAUCUGCAAAGCGAACACAAGCAUUGCUUUCGAUCGUGAACGCCCUUCACAAGCUUGCUGCAACUAGAAAUUGUGCAGUUGUGGUUUUGUCUCAGUGUGCAACGAAAAUGCAUUCAGAAAGGGGUGCAACGCUGACAGCCGCGGUCAAUGCCAGUGUUUGGGAACAAGGGAUUUCAACUCGACUUGUCAUGUUUCGAGACUGGGCUUGGCAAGAGAACAAUCUUACAAGCGUCUUCCUGGCAGGUCUGCAAAAACUGGACGGAAAGGCAUGCCAUGAGGUCGUGGAGAACGUCGUCGCAUUUAAAGUGGAGUUGGACGGGAUCACCCAGGUUCCCUACGAAGCAUUACAAACUUUUGAGUUAGCCCGACAUAAGCGAAAGCUUGGACAAACAGAACUCGAGGUUCCAGAUAGUGAAGAUGACGAGGAUUACGGAUGGGCAGAUGAAGAUGAAGCGGCCAUGCCGGCGCCUCCGCCUCAGUGGCAAGGCAGCGAAGACCUCAUUUUGGGCCAAGACAUCGGUCAAAGCGAAGACGAAAACAGCGAACAAGAAGAGCCUGUCACUGAUGAUGAAUCGAUCAUGAAAUGA